UGAUGGAACUAUUACUGGUUCCCCUAUGAAUUAUCUAAAUCUUGGGUUGAAGAUAUCUUUUGCUGAACUUCAGCAAGCAACAAACAACUUUGACACAAAAUUGUUGAUAGGUGAGGGUGGCUUUGGGAAUGUCUACAGAGGAACUCUGUUGAAUGGCAGAAAUGUAGCUGUCAAGCGAGGUAAACGAGAUGAGCAAGGGUCAGGCCAGGGCCUUCCAGAAUUUCAAACAGAGAUCAUGGUUUUGUCCAAGAUUCGCCACCGCCAUCUUGUUUCCUUAAUUGGGUACUGUGAUGAAAGGUCUGAGAUGAUACUGGUCUACGAGUUCAUGGAAAAAGGGAGCUUGAGAGAUCAUUUAUAUGAUUCAAACUUGCCUCGCUUGUCAUGGAAGCAAAGGCUUGAAAUCUGCAUUGGUGCAGCAAGGGGUCUUCAUUACCUCCACAGAGGUGCAGCUGGGGGAAUCAUUCACCGUGAUGUUAAGUCCACCAACAUCUUGUUGGAUGAAAACCAUGUUGCCAAAGUUGCUGACUUUGGCCUUUCAAGAUCCGGUCCUCUUGAUGAAACACAUGUCAGCACAAAUGUUAAAGGCACUUUUGGUUACCUUGAUCCUGAAUACAUAAUGUCCCAACAGUUGACAGAAAAAUCUGAUGUUUAUGCAUUUGGCGUGGUUCUCCUUGAGGUGUUAUGUGCAAGACGUGCUAUUGAUACAAUGCUCCCAAGAGACCAAAUGAAUUUAGCUGAAUGGGGAAUGCUUUGCAAGAAGAAAGGGUUGCUUGAACAGAUUGUUGACUCUUCAAUCAAGAAUGAGAUUGAUCCUAGCUCAUUAAGAAAAUUUAGUGAGACAGCAGAGAAAUGCUUGCAAGAUGAUGCUAAUGAUAGGCCUACAAUGGGUGAUGUGCUGUGGGACUUGGAGUAUGCAUUCCAGCUCCAGCAAACAGCAAAGCAUAGAGAACCCCAUGAAGACAGCACAGCCAAUGCUUCAUCAGCAUUUGUAUUGCCAAAAGUUCAGCGUUUUCCUUCAGUUAGCUCCACGAUUAACAUAGAUGAACUGGCUCUUCUCGGAGCCGAUGAAUUAGAUACAACAGAAGUUGAAGUUUUCUCCCAAUUGAGAGUUGGUGAUGCCCGAUAAAUUUGUUCAGUUUGUAAGGUAUAUUAGUUAACCUUGUUUAAGUUUCUUUAGGCUGUAAAAGCUAAGUUAGGUAUGCCUU